AUCCAGUUGAGUUUAUACUUGAUGCAAAAGCUAAUAGAAGUUUUCAGUAUGUCCCUUUGCUAAAGGUUUUACAGCAGCUACUUAAUCAAAAGGAUGUGCUUAGCAAGGUUAUCAAAAAGAGAAGACAACAGAGAGUGAGUGACCAGCAGCAUUACAGAUUCUUUGAAGAUGGCCAACACUUUAAGAAUAAUGUAUUUCUGUCAGGAGAGGAACUAAGAAUCUCCAUCUGUUUAUACAUAGAUGAUUUUGAAGUUUGCAACCCCCUCGGUACAUCACGGAAGACACACAAACUGUGUGCCGUCUAUUGGAUUUUGGGAAAUUUGCCCCCUGGCAGCCAUUCCUCUUUGGCCUCAAUAUACCUGGCUCUUCUAUGUAAAUCUGAUGAUGUAAAGAUCUUUGGCUAUCACAGAAGUUUUGAGCCACUACUCCAAGAUCUUGUUACCCUAGAGCAACAGGGUGUUUUUGUCUCACAUCUGGGUACAUUCGUGAAGGGGACACUUCAGAGUGUAGUAGCAGACAACCUUGCAGCACAUGGAAUAGCUGGGUUUGUGGAAAGUUUCUCUGGCCAAUAUUUUUGUAGAUUUUGCACGGCUCAGCGGGAAGAAACUCAGGUCAAAGAAAUAAAAUCAGGUGCAUUUACCCUCAGAAACAAAGAACUUCAACAGUUACAUGUUAAUACUGCACAGGCAAAAGCAGGUACUUUUUUUGGUGUGAAGAAAGCUUGUAUUUUCACAGAGAGACUUGCCCACUUCUGUGUCACAUCAGGGUAUCCCCCUGAUGUUGUCCAUGAUCUUUUUGAGGGCAUAGUCCCUGUUGAGCUUGCACAGUGCUUGGGGCUUCUCAUUUCCAAGAAGUUGUUUUCACUUGUUGACCUUAAUAAUCACAUUAAAAACGUUCAGUACAGGUGGGGUGACAAAAAAAAUCGCCCUCACUUGGUGCCACAUAAUUUUGCAUGUCGCAAAACAAUUGGUGGUAACGCACACGAGAAUUGGUGUUUGUUAAGAUUGUUACCAUUUAUGAUUGGUCAUUUGAUCCCUGAAGAUGAGCCAGUCUGGAAAGUGAUUCUAGACUUAAAAGAUAUUGUCGAGCUGGUGGUUGCGCCUGUCCACUGUGAUGAAUCUGUGGCAUAUUUAGAGUAUAAAAUCUCAGAGCACAGACAGCGAUAUCAGGAGGUAUUUCCAGGUCACAGACUCUUACCAAAACAUCACUUUCUGGAGCAUUACCCAGAAAUGAUAAAGCUGUUUGGCCCCAUUGUAAUGUUUUGGACAAUGCGUUUUGAGGCCAAACACAGUUUUUUCAAACAGGUUGUCAGACACACAAAGUGUUUCAAGAACAUCACACUGUCUUUGGCAAAUAAGCACCAGCUGAUGAUUGGCCAUCACAUGUAUACAGGGAGUUAUGCGAGAUCAGCCUUUGACGUGACACAUGUCUCGUCAAUUCCAGUAGAUGUCAUGAAAGAGGAUGUAGCGCUUCAUCUACGUCAAAAAUACCCUGAUCUCACAACAGUUACUCUAGCACAGAGUGUCUCUAGCAAUGGCAUACAAUAUAGAAAUGGAAUGAUUAUUGUGCAUGGAUCAGUUGGUGGAUUGCCUGAAUUUGUGGAGAUACUUCAAAUGUGCAUAUUGGAAAACACAUUGAUUUUCAUAUGCAGAAAAUUGGCAUCAUGGUACAGAGAGCACUACAGAGCUUUUGAGAUACAAGCAUCGUCAGCAUCAGAGAUUGUGUUGGCUGAAUUAAGUGAACUGAUUGACGACUACCCUCUGGUUGACUACAAGUGUGGAACCUGCCGAAUGGUAACCCUUAAAAGAUACAUACACGUGUCUGAAUAACCUUUCAAGCAGUAUGGCUACAUCGGCAGUGCUUCGCAUCGUCCUUGGAGAAAAUGACUCUUCCAAAAUAAGCCUGCCUUCAGGAAUACCAGAUUCUGUUGAGGAACUAAAAAGUGAGAUAAAGAGACAAUGUGAGGUGUCAGGAGACUUCAGACUGCAAUACAAGGACAUUGACUUUGAUGAGUUCAUAAACCUGAAGUCCACCUCAGACAUUCAAAACAAAGCUACACUCAAAGUGAUUUACCUCCCAAGUGCUUUGUCUCUAACUAGCCCUUGCCUGUCUUCAGUGGAACCCAGUUUGGAUGAGAGUGCUUCCAUUUCAUCUGUGGACACUGACAUUCUCUCAUCUUCAAGCUCAUCAUCAUCGUCCCUCAGAUGUGAGCCAUGGCCAGACGUCUUCCCUGUGCCUAAGUUCGUCUAUGAUGUCGAGCUCCAACUCCAACGUGCUAAUACUGACUUUCAAAAUAAUGGCAUCCUCUUCAGUCCAAGUCCAAGAAUGAAGUCAGACAUUCUUGAAAGUUUGGCAUCCCAGAUAAUCAAAUAUAAAGCUUAUCCGUGCAAUGCUGAAUUUGAUGCAGUAGCUGAAGCACUCGUGAAGAAACACCCAUGUUUAAAGGAGCAAGGUUCUGUUUCUGGCUUUUAUGGCUGGAAAAUAAGCUUGAAAUAUAAAAUGGCAAACUACCGCACAAAGCUGCGCAAUAUCGGAUGCUCCGAGCUGAAUGUGAAUUCCUUCAAGCGUAAACAAGGUGAUCCACGCACAUCUCCUAAUCAAGUGAAGAAAGCUAGAAGUGCAGAAGUGAACUAUUGUCCAGAUUAUCCAACAGGACAAUCCCAAGAGAGCCUUGAAGAAGAGAGACUGGCACUAUUGUCUGAAGUGAGAAAGAGCAACAACCAACAGGUGGUUAAGGAGAAAAUGGAAAAGACAUUUGCUUACAGGCGGCAUGAAGUGAUUGAAGAAAAGCCUUUCAUUGCUGAAUUCAAAAGAAGGUGGCCAGCUCUUUUCUCUGAGCAUGAGGUAGAAGCUGAGUUUACUCGCAUCACCACUGUACCACUGAGAUCAAAAUUCAUGCAACAGCUGGAUCAUCAUUCCACACAGCUGAUGACAAUCUUCAAAAGAAAAGGAGGAGCAGCUGGGCAGAAAAUAAGGAAGAUCAUGGCAGACUUGGAUAAGAAUGAAGCUGUUGAAACAAGAAGAGCCUGUGUACUGAAAGCACUAAUGGUUUACCUCAAUGAAGACCCUGAAAAUCUCUUAAGACAGUACAUGGAUGUUGAAGACAACCAGGAGGCUAUGGACCAGACAGUCCUGGGAAUCUUUGCCAUAAAGAUGGAAGGUGCAGAGUCUACAGAUGGCCUGGCAGAUGUUGGAAUAAUCAUUGAAGGUGUGGAAGUGCUCCAUGACCUUGAUAACAUUGCAAAUGCGGUCGCUGUUUUGUUUGGCCUCAUGUACUCACUGGAUCUGAGCUAUCCCACAAACCUGAAGUACACAUUCGAGGUUCUCCAGAAACUUGUGAUGGAACUAGAUGGCAACAAACUCUCAACAAAGGCUCAAGUGCUAAAGAACAAACUAUUUGAAGGAACAUUUUAGACAAGUGUCGUGCUCCUGAGCAGCACAGAGGAAACUUGGAGGACGGAUCCCAUCCCAAACUAUCUGGCAGAAAACUGAUUUUUGGAUCUGCAUGUUGAACUGUUAACUGUGAACACUGAAGAGUGGAUCAGAUGCACUAAAUGUUUAACAGAGUUAAUUUUAGAAAACACUGCAGUGAUUUUUUUUUUUUAACCCCUACAAUGCUGAAGUGGCAGAGAGGAAAAUAUUAUUUUGAAGUAUUUUUACUUGACAUGUGUUCACCAUAUUCAUGUAGAUGAUUCAUCUUUAAAAAAUCAGUAUCUAAUGUUUCAUUGUACAGUAUUCAGUAAUUGUGAGGGGAGUGUUCUGCCAUGUUCAUUCUGCCUGCUUCUUAAAAAAUAUAGCUUCAAAGUUUGUUUUGGUUUUGUAGGUCCUGUAAAAGAUUUUUAUUUUCAUUGGGCAUUUUAUACAAAUUUAAAUUAAAAUUGAGGAUUUUAUAGCAUUAAAAAACAUUUUAGAAAUGGGGAAAUACAAGCUAUACAUGUUGAUAAAUAAGUUGUUUGAUAUGCAGGAGCACGCAAAUUCAAAGUUUGUGGUUUUAAAUUUGUUUGCUUUGUUUGUGAUGGUUGUAGUUUUCCAUUGGUAAUAAAAAAUAUUUUUCACAGAA